AUGGUAAAACUUAUUCUGCCUUUCUUCUUUUCUAUCACUCUCAUUGUAAUAUUUUCUUCUCUCAUUUUUUCUAUCAUUAUUAGUAAAAAAAUUUCUAUCUUUUUGAGGAACUUUCUUUUUCUUUUUGAUAUUAUUCCUUCUCUCUCUCUCUCUCUCUCUCUCUCUCUCUCUCUCUCACGGAAUUCUCUUUCCUUUUUUAUUUUUUCUCUUUCUUUUUUAAUAUUUUUCUUUCUUUUUCAAAAUUUCCCUAUUUUACUUUCUCUUUCAUUCUUUUUUGGUAUUUUCUUUCUCUCUCUUUCUCUCUCUCUUUCUCUCUCUCUCUCUCCUCUCUCUCCCUCUCUCUCUCUCUCUCUCUCACUCUCUCUCAUACCUCACUCUUUAUUGACAAAGAUAAUUUGCCCCGGAUUUAAUUCAUCUCGGUUAAUAUUUUCUCCUGAAGAGUUUCCCGCCACCUCGAUGAAGGAAAAAGAAGAAAGAAAAUUCACCUAUUUCCAUACGAGAUGGAUUCUCUCCAACACAGGAAUCGCUCGAAGUUUGUCCUUUCAUUUUCGCAACUCGUUCGGAAUUAAAUUCUUCUUUUUCUCACCUUUUUCCGUCACCUUCUGCAUCCGUUCCAAAUUCUAA